AUGGAAUAUACAUCGGCCAUCGUCACAGCGGUCUACAUCCCACCACAGGCGAUGGACAUGCAGCAUUUAAUGUGGUUGAUGCUGGUGAUCCUAUUGAUGGUGCAGUCUGUGGAGGGCUGUCCUGAUGUCUGUAAAUGCUACAGGAAGUCCAGUCCAGAUAAAUCAGAGGUCAACUGUCACAAGAGGGGACUUCGUGCCUUUCCCUCCGAACUACCCCCUGAUGCCUGGAUCCUCAAACUAGGUGAGAAUGGCAUCACAGACCUGAAGGCCAAUGCUCUGAGAUCAAUUCCAAAGAUUGAAAGUAUCAACCUGCAACGAAAUGCCAUCAAGUUCAUCCACACCAAAGCUUUCUCAGGUGCAAAACAGUUGAUGCUUCUCAAUCUCUACGGCAACCACAUCACUGACCUUCCACUGAGAGGAUUCAAGGACCUCCUGAACCUUCGCUUCCUCAUGCUGGGACAGAACCAGAUUGGUGUCCUCAAACCCGAAAUGUUUGCCGGAAUGAGGAACUUGUCAGAUUUAGACCUGCCUCUCAACGCACUGACAACGCUCCCAUCUAACACCUUUAAGCCUCUGAUCGCCCUCAAAGUUCUGGACCUUUCUCUGAAUCGUAUCCAGAGGAUUUCUCCUAAGGCCUUCACUGGACUCAGACAGCUCAUGUUCCUCAACUUAGACAAUAACAGGUUACAUCACAUCGGCCAUGCGCCUCUGGAGCUCUACCUGAGGAACAACGAGCUGGAGCACCUGCCACCUGAUGUAUUCAGGAAUAUAAGAAAGCUUUCUCAGUUGGCUCUUAGUGGAAACCGCCUGAAGACAGUGGAUGGAAACAUGUUCAACCAUAUGCCUGACUUGAAGAAGUUGUACCUCCAUGACAACCCGUGGCAGUGUGACUGUAACAUCAUCUCCUUGGUGCAUUGGAUGGGACAGACAAAGGCCACCCUCUCGCCUCGGGAUGCCCUGAGGUGUGUAAGUCCUCCAGAGCUCCGAAACAAGAGCUUCUCCAGCCUCCAAGCUGACAAGUUGCUCUGCCUUGCCUAA